AUGUCAAUUUUGUCAAUCAUAUCACCUCUGGGUUCAUCAAUGUUUGCGCCUGGUGUCCCGAAGUUGAUGAUGGAAUUCGGCAGUAGCUCUCCUAUGGCAUCGACAUUCGUGGUCUCGAUCUACUUCCUCGGAUUUGCCUUUGGUCCGCUUGUCAUCGCUCCCCUCAGCGAGAUGCACGGGCGGAUGUAUGUUUACCAUGCGGGAAACAUUGCAUUCACCGCAUUCAGCAUUGGUGCGGCGUUGAGUGUGAACUUGGACAUGCUGAUGGCCUUCCGACUUCUGAUGGGUGUUUCUGGAUCAGUCCCUACGACCGUCGGAGUAGGAAGCGUCGUCGACGUGAUGAAACCCGAGAAGCGAGGCAGGGCAAUCUCCUUGUGGGCAAUAGGGCCUAUGUUAGGCCCUGCCCUUGGACCGAUCGCAGGAGGAUACCUUAUCGAGGCAGCCGGUUGGCGGUGGGUCUACUGGCUAUUGGCCAUCUUGGGAGGGGCUUUUGGCGUCCUCGCACUCUUGGUGAUGAGGGAGACAUACGCACCUGUUCUGCUAGAACGGAAAGCAAAGGCAAUGCGAAAAGUAACAGGCAACUACACUCUCCGGAGCAAACUCGACACAGAAGGGCCUUCGCGAAUCAAGAUGGCCCUCAUUCGACCACUCAAAUUCCUGUUCCGGACACCUCUGAUCUCGACAAUUGCGGUCUACGUUGGCAUUGUUUACGGAAUAUUCUAUCUCCUUGUAACCACGUUUUCGUUCGUCUACUCUUCACAGUACGGCUUUGACGAGGGAGACACCGGACUGUCUUUUCUUCCUGCGGAUCUGGGCAUGAUGAUCGGUGUGUUGAGCUUGGGACACAUACAAGAUUAUCUGGUGCUGCGAGCGAAGAGGACUUCUGAUGACGAUGGAAAAUACAAGUUGGAGGUCAAGCUGACACCUUGGAUCACUCUUCCAGCAGGGUUGUUGAUGCCCGCCGGGCUGCUACUCUACGGAUGGGCAAGCCAAUACAGAGUUCAUUGGAUUGCCCCCAUGAUUGGCGCGAUGAUGUUUGCGCUUGGGUUGACAGGAGCAACGGUAAAAUCUACCCCCUAA